CUUCCUCAAAGUGAUCUCGUAACACCGGCAGCGCGCACGGCCACGGACUGCAGAAAGACUGCAGCAGACCAGCUAAAUUCAUGAGGCAAAUGAAGUUUUGGAUAAAACGAAAGGUUACCAUGGCUGCAUAGUUCUGUGCCAUCCAUCAUGGCCAUUGGAACACAGCUCUAUCUGCUGCUGUGGAAAAACUUCACGUACCGCAGGAGAAACAAGGUCCAACUGAUUAUUGAACUUCUGUGGCCGCUCUUCCUCUUCCUCAUCCUCAUUGCUGUCCGGCAAUCACACCCGCCGUAUAAACAGAGCCAGUGUCACUUUCCCAACAAGGCCCUUCCUUCAGCAGGCACACUGGCAUGGGUUCAGGGUAUCAUCUGCAAUGUCAACAAUCCCUGUUUUCAUCACCCCACUGCAGGAGAAACACCCGGACGAGUGAGCAACUUCGACAACUCCAUUCUCUCUCGACUUUUGGUCGAUAUCAGGACUGUCCUGACAAUCAGUGGUAACCGGACAGCCCUCUCCGGCCUACAGGACCUGUCGCAGGCAAUCCAGAGACUGGGGGAAAGACCUGAUGCCUGGCCAAAUAUUCCGGUUGGAGAGUAUCUCAGAGCCAAUGAAAGCUUCUCCUCCUUCCUGCGGACAAACACCAGCAUCUCCUCAGCAUCUGUUGAUCAGUUACUGAGGUCACGACUGAACCUACAAGUGGUUUCAUUAGCAGGUGGAGGAAUGCGUUUGUCUGAUAUCGUCUGUAAUGCUUCACUCUUGGGUCGUUACCUCACCGCUGAGAAAGGAGAUUCUUUCCCUGAACUCCAGGGGGCGCUGUGUGCUGUGCCCUCAGAUGUUAUGCAGAAGGCAGAGCAGAUCUUCCUCUCACAGCUGGACUUCAGCAAGAUCCUCACGAGAGACAGACUGCAGGCAAACGCGGCUGAUCUCCGGCUUAUCAGUCGGGCUGUUUCCUCUGUAACUCAGGAACUAGCAUCAGUUAUGGAUGAUAUCUCUUCUCUGUCUAGUUUCUCAGAGCUGAACUCCGAGAUGAGGUUACUGACACCUGAAAACCGCUUAGCACUGCCACGCGAGAGCUUUCGUGCCUUCUCCAGAAUCAUGUGUGGACACCCAGAGGCAGGGGGAGAGAGAAUCCCUUCAUUCAACUGGUAUGAAGAUCAGGACAUCAAAUCUUUCCUGGGCAGAAACAUGUCAGAGGAGACAGACCUUGAAAAUAACAACAGCACCACGCCGUUCUGUGAAAACUUGAUUCGAAGUCUGGAGUCCAACCCUCUCUCUCGGAUUGUGUGGCGAGGCAUCAAACCACUGUUCAUUGGAAAGCUGCUAUACACACCAGACACACCAGUCACCCGUACAGUCAUGUCAGAGGUAAACAAAACAUUUCAGGACUUCCAGAUUCUCAAUGAUGUGCAGGAGGCGUGGCAGGAAGUGGGUCCCAGAAUCAAAACCUUCAUGGAGAGCAGUGUAGAAAUUCGGCUUCUGCAGGAUCUUCUGAGAAGGCCUGAGGUGGCGGUAGUUGUGAACCUACGUCUGGAAAACACCUCUUGGACGGCCUCUCGCAUUUCCCGGUUCCUCUCAACCCCUGACCCAGAUACACCUCGUAAGGUUGGAGCACCGCCCACUUGGUUAGAUCUGUACCAGGAUUUAAGCAACACCUUCAGUACUCUGUCAGAACUCACAAAGUGCUUCUCUUCGAAUAAAAUUGAGGGUCUGGCCACAGAGGGUGAGCUGGUCGAACGAGCCCUGGAGCUGCUGGAAGAUCGUCAGUUUUGGGCUGGAAUUGUCUUCCUCCUCCCAGACCCUUCAUCAUCCUCCCUACCUCCUCAUGUCAAGUACAAGAUCCGCAUGGACAUAGACGAUGUAACCCGCACAAACAAGAUCAAAGACAAAUUUUGGGAUCCAGGCCCGGCUGCUGAACCGUUCAGUGACCUCCGCUAUGUCUGGGGCGGUUUUAUUUAUGUGCAGGAUUUAGUUGAGAGAGCUGUGACACAUUUGCUCACUGGUAAAGAGCCAAACACAGGCAUAUAUGUGCAACAGAUGCCUUACCCCUGCUUCGUUGAUGAUGUGUUCAUCCGUGUCCUGAAUCGCUCGUUGCCUCUGUUUAUGACAUUGGCGUGGAUCUAUUCUGUGGCUAUGAUCAUAAAGGGUGUGGUCUACGAGAAAGAAGCUCGUCUAAAGGAGACAAUGCGUAUCAUGGGCCUGAGCUCUGGGAUGCUGUGGCUCAGCUGGUUCGUCAGUAGUUACCUGCCCUUCCUGUUCAGCGCUGGACUCCUUAUCGCCGCCCUUAAGUGGGGAGAUAUCUUACCCUACAGUGACCCGGCUGUUGUUUUCUUCUUCCUUACCGCAUUUGCUACAGCCACCAUCAUGCUUUGCUUCCUCAUCAGCACGUUCUUCUCACGCGCUAACCUGGCAGCAGCGUGUGGAGGCCUCAUUUACUUCACCCUUUACCUGCCGUAUGUGCUGUGUGUGGCCUGGAGGGAAUAUCUGACCAGCACACACAGAAUCUUAGCGAGCUUCCUGUCUCCAGUGGCCUUUGGUUUUGGCUGUGAGUAUUUCUCUCAGUAUGAAGAGCAGGGUGUGGGGAUCCAGUGGUUUAACUUGAGAUCCAGCCCCAUGGAGGGGGACCGCUACAACUUCACCACCUCCAUUGUGAUGCUGUAUGUAGAUGCUGUCAUUUAUGCACUGGCUACUUGGUACAUUGAAGCUGUUUUUCCAGGGCAGUAUGGGGUCCCCAGACCAUGGUAUUUUAUCUUCCAGCUGAAUUACUGGGGCGGGGUUCCAUUAGAGGUGGGGUUGCCCAUUCCUACAGCACCUAGAGAGGAACAAGAUGAUCGGAUUGAAGCUGAACCGACAAACCUCAUUCUGGGAGUUUCCAUAAGGAACUUAGUAAAGAUUUAUAAAAAAGGGGCCAAGCUUGCUGUCAAUCACCUUAACAUAAAGUUCUAUGAGGGCCAAAUAACCUCUUUUCUGGGACACAAUGGAGCUGGCAAGACAACCACCAUGUCCAUUCUAACAGGACUGUUUCCUCCCACUGCUGGUACAAUAUACGUGAAGGGAAUGGACAUUCGCACAGAUAUGGACAUAAUCCGCAGGACUCUGGGAGUUUGUCCCCAGCACAACGUCCUCUUUGACAUCCUGACGGUGGAAGAGCAUGUGUGGUUCUAUGGUCGAAUGAAGGGCAUGAGCAUGGGGGAUGUGAAGAAAGAGAUAAAUUCACUUCUGGAGGAUGUGGGCUUACAACACAAACGACACGAGCAGACUAAAAACCUUUCAGGUGGCAUGCAAAGGAAACUGUCUGUUGCAAUCGCUUUCAUAGGUGGGUCUAAGGUUGUGGUCUUGGAUGAGCCCACAGCUGGUGUGGAUCCCUACUCCCGCCGCGGGAUUUGGGACCUUCUGCUCAAAUACCGUGAAGGCCGCACCAUCAUUCUGUCCACACAUUACAUGGACGAGGCUGAUCUUCUCGGUGACCGCAUUGCAAUCAUUUCCCAGGGAAAGCUGUGCUGCUGUGGAACGCCGCUUUUCCUCAAAGCACGUCUUGGUACAGGAUACUACCUUACGCUGGUCAAGAGAGAGAUGCAUAGGACACCCAGCAGCAUCAGCACUAGCAAACUCCCUUCAGCAGCAGUAAGCAAGGACAGCGAAUCCUCAUUAAGUGAUGACACAGGAUUGGGCAGUGAAGAGAAUGGAUUUGAUGUUGCUGCCCUAAUGGCUCUUGCACAGCAGUACAUCUCUGAUGCUCAGCUGGUGGAGGACAUUGGCAGAGAGGCAGUUAUCAACUUGCCCCAUGCUGCCUCAGAGGACGGCAGUCUUGCCCUCUUCCUGAACGAACUGGACAAACGGCAGAGCGAGUUUGGCGUGGUCAGUUACGGGUUGUCAGACACCACGUUAGAAGAGAUCUUUCUUCGUGUGGCAGAGGAGACAGGUGUGGAUGCAGACCCCGAGGAGCUGCCAGCAUCUCCAGGCCACCAGGGGGCGCCAUCUGAGGACACAGACACAGUACGGAAACAGCCAAUCAGGAAAGAGGCCCAGGAGACAGAACCGUUGAGUGGGGAUGGUCAGGGUGGCGGUGCCCCUCUCAUAGGCUGCUUCCAUACAUGUCAGCAGCUUCGAGCGCUUUUCACCAAAAGACUGAAGUACACUCUUCGCAGUCGCAGAGGCAUUUUUGCACAGAUUGUUCUUCCUGCAGUUUUUGUCCUUAUCGCUCUACUCUUCAGUCUCAUUGUCCCACCCUUUGGGAAAUAUCCAUCCCUGGAGCUCCAGCCGUGGAUGUACGGGGAACAGUUCACCUUCUUCAGCAAUGAUGCCCCACAGGACCCAGCCACACAGAACCUCCUGGAUGCCCUGCUAGAUCCACCCGGGUUUGGUACUAAAUGUAUGGAGCCGAGCAGUGACCUGGAGUGUUUAGAGGAAGCUGAAACAAAGUUUGUUCGGCCCCAGAUUCCUUACAGCAUGUGGCAGCUCUUUCAUAAAGGCAACUGGACUGUGGAAAAGCCAUCUCCUGAUUGUGAAUGCAGUACUGAAAAUAUCCGCAGAAUGCUGCCGGACUGCCCAGAGGGAGCAGGAGGAAUCCCCCCUCCUCAGAUAAAACAAAUGACAGGUGAUAUCCUGCAAAAUUUGACAGGUCACAACAUUUCUGACUACCUCAUCAAAACAUAUCCCCAAAUUCUGAAGAAAAGUUUGAAGACGAAAAAAUGGGUAAAUGAAUUUAGAUAUGGAGGUUUCUCUCUGGGGGCUAAAAGCUCUCAAGCUGAGGAUGAACCACAUCACCUGGAGGAGUCUGUUUUGGCUAUUAGAAGACGCUACAACGUUGCAGAGAAUGGCUCUUUAGAUCAGCUCCUUCAUAGACUACCAGAUGUCCUUACAGGACUCACCAGCCAAAACAACGUGAAGGUCUGGUUUAAUAAUAAAGGAUGGCAUGCCAUGGCAUCAUUUGUGAAUAUUAUGAACAAUGGUCUCCUUCGUGCCAACUUGCCGCCUGACGUGGAAAGACGCAGAUAUGGAAUAACAGCCUACAAUCACCCGCUCAACCUCACGAAGGAGCAGCUGACGGAGAUGGCCCUGAUGACCACUUCAGUGGACGUUCUGGUGUCCAUAUGUGUUAUUUUCGCCAUGUCAUUUGUUCCUGCCAGUUUUGUGCUCUUCCUUAUUGAGGAACGGGUCAGUAAAUCAAAACAUCUGCAGUUUGUCAGUGGAGUGAAACCCAUCCUGUACUGGACUACCAAUUACUUAUGGGACAUGUUGAACUAUACAGUACCAGCCACUAUGGUGGUCUUCAUCUUCAUCAGCUUCCAGCAGGAAUCAUAUGUGUCUGAGAAGAAUCUACCUGCACUGGUGCUCCUACUGUUGCUGUAUGGUUGGUCUAUCACUCCACUCAUGUACCCAGCCUCCUUCAUCUUCUCAGUCCCCAGCACUGCCUAUGUGGUCCUUACCUCCAUCAACCUCUUCAUUGGCAUCAAUGGCAGUGUCGCCACCUUCGUCCUGGAGCUAUUUGUCGAUGAGCAUUUGAAUGAGGUCAACAGGAUCUUGAAGAAGGUCUUUCUGAUCUUCCCUCACUUCUGUCUGGGUCGAGGUCUCAUUGACAUGGCCAAGAACCAGGCCAUGGCAGACGCAUUUCAGCGGCUGGGAACCAAACAGAAUCUGGAGCCUUUAUCCUGGGAUUUUGUCGGGAAAAACCUGUUUGCCAUGGCGAUGGAAGGAAUUGUGUUCUUCAUCUUCACUGUUCUCCUGCAGUAUAAAUUCUUUAUUAAUUUUAGUCGAUGGUCGGGCUUUGUGCUGCCCCCGCUGGGCACGGAGGAUGAGGAUGUGGCAAGAGAGAGAGACCGUGUGAAGAACGGUAGAACUGUGGGAGAUAUUCUCGUCCUUACAGACCUCAGUAAGGUAUACAAGGCAGGCAGGAAGCCAGCGGUGAAUCGACUUUGCUUGGGCAUUCCACGGGGAGAGUGUUUUGGACUUCUUGGUGUUAACGGCGCUGGGAAAACCUCAACCUUCCGCAUGCUAACAGGAGACACCCAUAUUACUUAUGGGGAAGCAUUUCUUAGCAACCACAGUGUUCUUACAGAAAUGGAGAAAGUUCAUCAGCUGAUGGGCUACUGUCCUCAGUUUGAUGCCAUCAGUGACCUGCUGACAGGACGUGAGCACCUGGAGUUCUACGCUCGCCUCAGAGGAGUUCCAGAAGCUCAUGUUGCAAAGGUGGCGCAGUGGGGAGUUCAAAAGCUUGGUCUGAGUCAGUAUGCUGAGCGAGAGGCUGGGGGAUACAGUGGAGGAAAUAAGCGCAAACUCUCCACCGCCAUUUCCCUUAUUGGAGCUGCACCUGUCAUAUUCUUGGAUGAGCCUACGACUGGGAUGGACCCAAAGGCCAAGCGCUUCCUCUGGAACUGCAUUCUCAGCGUAAUCAAACAGGGACGAUCUGUUGUUCUCACCUCUCACAGCAUGGAAGAGUGUGAGGCUCUAUGCACCCGAAUGGCCAUCAUGGUGAACGGCAGGUUCCAGUGUCUGGGCUCAGUCCAGCACCUGAAGAACAGGUUUGGAGACGGUUACACAAUAAUCCUUCGUUUGUCCACCCCGUCUACAGAACCAUGCCCGGUGGAAACCUACAUCCAGAACUCCUUCCCUGGGAUCCAGCUGAAGGAGAGACAUCAGAAUGUUCUCCAUUACCAGCUGCCAUCACAAACCUGUUCGCUCGCUCGUGUCUUUGAGGUUCUGUCAAAUAAUUAUAAGGAGCUGGGGAUAGCUGACUACUCAGUGUCACAGACUACACUGGAUCAGGUGUUUGUUAACUUCGCAAAGGAGCAGUCAGAUGAUGAUCAGCUCAGGGAAGUCACAGUAAACGGUGGAUCCGUGGCCAACAGACUUCAGCGGCCCACGGACCUCAAACUCGAGAAAUUCAGCAGGUCUUCCACACCACACUCUCUUUCAACACCCUCUACAGAUCAAGCUGCUCGCUCAGAACAAACCCCUGAGCCUUCAUCUACUAGUUUAAAGACCAAAAAGAGUAAAUCGAACAGUCCGUCAGUCUCAAGACAGCAACAGCAGAUCCGGAUGGAACCUGUUGGCGAGGCAGCUAACGGAUCACACCCUCCUGAAGACCAGACUCUUGGGAGAAAAGAUCCAUCCAUGUUAUUUAUUGUCAGUACCAAAACACAGGAAAGCAAAGUGUGAAAAAAAACAAAGAUAUUCAGAACCAAACAGUCAUGAUGUGGAUCUCUGGUGGUCUUUGGUGCCUUCUUCACAUAUAAUUUUCCAAAAUUUUUAUAUAGUUACUUUAAAACCAAUCAGUUAUUAAAUCUAUUUGGCUGCCCUGAUAACUCUGCAAUUCCUCAUUGAUUGUAUGUCAAGUUUUUAUUCUGAAACUUGAAAAUGACGCAUGGCAUCAUUGGCAGGAAUUCUUUCCCAGCCCUCUUUAACGCAUAAAUUUUGCAUAUUAUUGUUAUGAUGUGAGUUGCACCUCCGUAUAGGAUUUGCUUUGUGCAACCCAAUUUGGAUAUGAUUUUUGCUGAAUAUGUUACAUUAUAACAGACCUCUGUUUUCUACAUGUAUGUAAAGGUCAAAUGCGCAGUGUAGAGAUGGUAUCAAACUGAAAAACUGCCUUCAUUUGCUCAACAUUUGUAUUUCCUGAUUUUUUGUACUGUUUUAGAUUUAUUUCUAUUUUUUAUGUGAUGCACUUUAGCUUAAAACGAUUCUAAUAUCGUAGUCUGGAUUAUCACUGUAUCUCUUCACUGCAAAGACUGUCACAAUGCUUGACAUGUAGCUUUUUUAUGUAGUAUUUAUUGUAUGUACAUACCAGAGAUAUUAUGUAUGAAAUUAUGUUUGCAAGAUUCCUUAUGUGUAUGAUGCUGGAUAAAAUUCUAAAAAGUUAAAAUGCUGCGAUAUUUAUAUGCAAAUAUAUAAAUCUGGGUACUGAA